AUGUUGACCAACUCCACCUUAAAGAACCCGGAGGCUCUGAUCACAGCACUUGGCUCUACAGCGCCCCCUGUGGCCAAUCAGCAGGGGACCGUGCACCUGACCCCCAGCUGUCAGUCAGCCUGUGCGCGUGGCGGACCGGGCCGGAUCCAGACCUCACUGCGGCGGGCUGGCGAGGACCUGAAUGCUGAUUCUAGAGACCGACAAAGGACGCGAGGAGAGGAGGAGAUGGACCGCUUCCUGAGAGCCGGGGAGAGCGGAGGGAUGACGGACCGCACCUCCUCCUCCGUCUUCACCUCCUCCUCAGGCGACAGACACGCGGCCCUGCCCUCGCUCCAGACCCGGGGACCCGGGUCGGAGGCGAGGAGAUCCGAGCAUAAACGCAGCCGAGCCGGUCGGGAGGGGCGAGAGGACCCGGAGGCGGAGGAACAGUGCGCGGCUGCAGGAGCGGUGCGCGUCGGGCUCGGUGCGCAGCGGCGUCGGGAGGCUCAAGGACGCGGCGUCGGUGGAGAAGGUCUGGAGGAGAUGCUGUCAGCGGUCAGCAGGGACGCGGACGGCGGCGUCAACGACAACAACAACAACAACAACAACAACAACAACGGCGUCUGCGAGGUGCCCACGGCCUCUCCUGCGACAUGCGCCAGAGGCAAGGAGGAGAGGAAGGGGAAGAACGUGAUCCGGGGCUGGAAGAGGGACCGGGACCGGGACAGGGAGUGGGACCGGGACCGGGACCGGGACCGGGACCGAAACAGGGACAGGGACUGGGACAGGGACGCCGCUCCUCUUCCUCCUCCCGCCCGGACGAGGAAAGAGAAGCCCGCCGAUGGCUCGUCUCCUCCUCCUCCUCCUCCUCCUCCUCCUCCUCCGCCUCCUCCUCCUCCUCCUCCCUCCGCCGUCUUCCUCCCGUCGCGCGCCCUGCCCGAGCAUCCUCUCUUCCCUGACGGCGCCGGACUCUGCCACUGCGCCGCGCCGGAGCCCCGGAUCCCGGGAGAUAACGGCGACAUUACCGACGUCAACAACAACAACAACAGCAGCAGCGGGCUGGAUUGUGGAGCUCGAAGCGGCGGCGGCGCGCUUGUUGUCGGGCGGCAGCAUGACGACACGCCGGCGGCCAAGAAGCACCGAGGAGCCGAGAAGGUGGACCCCAUGUUCACGGUUCCAGCUCCCCCUGCUCCGGGCCACCCCGGGGCCCCCGGGUCCUCUCUGCCCUCGGCUCCUUCCUUCUCCCCUCCGGCCCUGCCAACCUCCACCUCCAAGCCGCUGGUGGUGAGGACCAGGUCUGUGGGCACCAACACCCAGGACGGAGGCGUCUCAGGAGCCCUGGAGGGCGACUCGGCCUGUCUGGGGCCCUGCCAGCCCGGUACCAGCGUCAACCUGGAGGGCAUCGUGUGGCACGAGACCGAGGAGGGCGUGCUGGUGGUCAACGUGACGUGGAGGAAGAGGACCUACGUGGGGACUCUGCUGGACUGCACCAAACACGACUGGGCUCCUCCGAGGUUUUGCGAGUCUCCCUCCAGCGACCCCGAGUUGCCCGGUGGGCGUGGCCGGGGCAAACGGAUGCGAUUGGCCAUGGCCGAGAGGCCCUGCGUUGAGUCGGCCCCUGCAGCCAAAGUCCGAGGUCUGUCGCAGCACAGGAGCCGCGGAGGUGGUAUGGCAGGAACCGCGGCUCCCAUCCACAGCAAGGGACGGAGAGGAAGCCUGAACCUCAUCAACAGCAACUGCCGAGCACCUCCUUCUUUCUUCACUGUGGAGGAGGUGAAACCUGCCAACAGCACCUCCUCUCUCUCGUCCGGGAAGCGAAAGAACAAACCGCCGGCCGACCUGGACCUCAGCUUGGUCUCCUCUGACGACAAAAACGGGAACGGGAAGAGGAUCCGAGCCAAAUCCCGCAGUGCCCCAUCCACGCCGCAGGGCAAAUCUGACCCCUCGUUCAUGGACCCCGGAGGAGGUUGCGCCUCCUCACCUCCUCCCCCGCCCAUCCUCAUCGACUGCCCCCACCCCAACUGCACUAAACGCUACAAGCACAUCAACGGCCUGCGCUACCAUCAGACGCACGCACACCUGGAGGCCGAGGAGCAGAGGAAGCCUGAGCUGGAGCCCUUGAAGGACGGGGAGAGUGAGGAUCGACUAUCAGACUGCGAGGACACCAUCAGCAACAUGACGUAUGACCUCUCAGAGACAAACAGCACCAAUGCCAACAGCUCCUCGAAGAGACCCGCUCCUCUAUAUAAGGUGACCACGGUGGGAUCUCCUAAGAACAGGCGGCUACUCCUCAGCACUGACCACAGCCCCUUAGUCAACCCCAAGACCAGAAGAACCUCACUGCUGAAAGACGGGCUGCUUGACGACCUCAGCAAUCUGCCCAUCAUCUCCAACAUGACCGUGGUUCUGGAGAACUGCAUGGUACCAGACAGGAACUCCACAGUCGAGAUGCCCAAGCUGGAAGCCGAAGGCUUGAUCGACAAAAAGGGAGGCGGGUGCGACAAGAGCAAGAAGGCCAACGGGAAGGUCGAGAAGCUGUCCAAGUCACGGACCAACCGGCCCAUCGCUCCGGCCCCUGCUCCCCCAAAGCUGAUCGCCAUACCCAACACAGCGUAUCCAACCGGCACAGCCGACACUGCCACCUCACAGCAGAACUCACCCAUGGCAGCAGUGGGCCUCACCAGUAAAAUCCUUCCUCUGAAACCCCUCAAACCAAAGCUGAGCAUUGUUGUGGAGCCGAGCCUCCUCAAAGCCACCAUGGUUACCUGCAGCAAAGAAACCAGGAAGAAAGAGAAACGGAGGCUGAAGGACAAACACAACAAAGACGCGCAAAUCAGGACGCCCAAUGGCGACAGCAGUGGAAUCAAAAUGGAAGAUGGUUGUGGUGGUGGUGGUUCCAAAAUGGGUGUCAAGGACAUUUCUGGAAGCCUUCUGAAGGAGCACCUCAGUAAGCAGGAUGUGAUGAACGGGCUCACAGAGAGCCAGGAGAGCCGUAUGGCCAGCAUCCGAGCCGAGGCGGACAAGGUGUACACCUUCACUGACAACGCCCCCAGUCCCUCCAUCGGUGGCUCGUCGAGGCUCGACUCCGGCGGCAGUUGUCUGGCAACAGACAGCAAGAACAACAGCCCCGCCUACUCCGACAUCUCAGAUGCCGGGGACGACGGGGGAUCUUCCGAAUGCCGCUCGGACGGAAUCCGAUCCAAGUCCGCCUCCUCGGCCUCUUCGGAGGCGAGCUGUAGCAGCAACCACGGCAACCCUGGUAAAACCCCGCCCACUGCAUCUGCCCCGCCAUCGAAGGACCCCCAAUCUCCGUACUACCACGGAUACGAGCCCUACUACCUGCAGGGGUACAUGCAGUCGGACAGACAAAACAGCAGCAGCGUUGCUUUCCACAAAAGCUCCGGCCUCGACAGCAAAGGUAAAGACAGGAAGGAGGAAGUGAAAGAGGACGACAAAAGCUCCUCCCACGACUUCUCGGACUCAAAGAAAGGCGACGGGCCGCCUCAGUCUCAGCUCCUGCUGGCUAUGAGCCAGACUCAGACCGCCUUGGCCCAGUCGUUGUACUACGGCCAGUACUCCAGAGGCCUGUACAUGGACCAGAAAAUGUUACUGGCCUCCAAGUGCUGCGACCAGACGCACGGUGGCAAGCAGAGGGGCGAGAGGGCACCGGGGCUGAGAGACAGCGAGGACGACAAACACAUGGUCGGGGGUUCAGCCGGUGGACCCAUGCUGGGUAAAAGUCCAGAUGGAGCCAAAGGUUGCUGUCCCAAACCCGUCCUGUCCUACGUGGAGAUGAGUGAGAGGGGAGAAAGGGGACAGAGUCUGGGCGCGAAGGCGGCGCACCUGGUGGACCAGCACCAGGUCUCGAUGAAAGACUGCGAUGACAUCAAGUCACCUUCCUCUUCCUCUUCUUCAUCACUCCACAACCCAAACAGUCAGACAGAUCUGGACUCAAAUGUUUCCUAUUCCAGUCCCUCCGACGGCCCGGCCUGGGCUCACUGCCUCGCUCACAGCAAAUACUCUGAGCUACAACAUGGGGAGGAGGCCGAGGAGGGGGAAGCAGACAGGGGGAAAGAGUGGGGAGCGACCGUGGAGCCUGCCGGGGCCAAGAUGACCUCCGGAGGAGGAGGAGGAGGAGGAGGUGUGGGCGGAGAUGCCGAAAAUGCCAGGGUGCACGAUCUUCCGCCGGCCAUCGACUUGGAGGAUCCGGACCGACUGGACGGGCUGGACGAUCAAGGCCAGGAGCCGAUGGGAGUUCUGGCUGAGGAGUCCCAGAACGCCCGGGCGGCGGUGUCUCCUCCCAUGACACCCCAGCAGCCCUACAUCCAGUACCAGCACUCCUCCUACCCGCCCUACCUGGCGAUGUGCGAGGGCGGUGGGGGCUCCUACAGAGGGGUGUCCCCGACCCUGGUCCACAACUACCCAGGUUUCCACUACCCUCUGUAUGGUAAGACGGCGGGCCGUGAGGAGUCCGAGGUGACUCCUCCCACCAGAGGAGGAGCUGUGGGCGGGCUGCAGAGCGGCGACGCCUCCUCGUCCUCGUCCCUGGAGCUGCAGCAGCAGCAGCAUCUGUACCACGGGAAAUCCCCCGCCCCCGGUGAGAAGGGUUCCCCCGAGGGAGAGAGAGAGGCGGAGCGCGAGAGGAACCACGUGUCGUUUGCCCGACACCUCCACACACACCAUCACACACACCUGGGCAUGACCUACAACCUGAUGUCAGGCCAGUACGACAUCUACCAAGGGUUGAGCUCGCGGUCGCUGGUCUCCAGUCAGCAGGUGUCGGGUCACUCCUCCACAGAGAGCGAAGGGAAGAAGUAG